AUGGACCCACCUAAAAAGGGACCAAAGGAUAUUUUUCCCAUUAAAUUACCUGAACAUGAUAAAACUGUCUCAGCUUUAAUACCUGUUGUUGCACUAUGGUGUAUCUGGUUGGAGAGAAAUUCAAGGACUUUUGAUGAGAAGUCGAAAAGCAUCGAUCAAGCUUGUCAGAGUGCUACAGCUUCGCUACUUUCAUGGGCUGCAAUUUUUAAAUCUUCAAUGACUCAUGGUAUUUCAGGUCUAGUUGGGAAACUUGUUAUCAAAUCCGAGGUUAACUGCAACGCUGACAAGUAUUACCAAAUAUAUAAGCAGCAUGAAGAUCUUCCAAGCGCAGUCCCCCAUAUUGUCACUAGUGCCAAAUCUGUCGAGGGACAUGGAACUACUGCUGGUUGCGUCAAGGAGUGGGGCUAUAUUCAUGAGGGUAAAACAUUUACUUGCAGGGAGAAAACUACGUACACGGAUGAAACAAGGACGAUAUAUCAUAGCAUAUUCGAAGGAGAAUUGAUGAAUGAUUGCAAAAAGUUCGAUCUAACACUUGUCGUUGAACCGAAGGCUGAUGGACAUGGAAGCAUUGUGAAGUAUAUUAUUGAUUAUGAGAAGAUAAAUGAGGAUUCUCCAGUUCCUAUUCCAUAUCUGUUUUUCUUCCAACAGAUCACCGAAGACUUGAACACUCACCUCUGUGCUUCUGAUUAAAUUAUUAAUGGAUAUGUCCGCCGGAUACAUAUCCAAAAAUGAAUAUCACUGUCCCAUUAGUGGUAAAUGAUAGUAAUAAAGUCUAUAUGUGGAGUUUCCACUAGACCUAUUACGUAUAAUAAAUGCGUGCGUACGCAUGAUUUUCUUCAUUUCUUUUGUUAUCGAUUGUUUCUCGUCCCCUGUCUGUAAUUUUCAAUGCGUAAUAAUAAUGUGUUAUUUGUG